AUGGCAAGUAAAAAUUUGCCAGAAAAGGAUGUGCAGAGAACAAAGAGCAAAAAAACUUCAUAUCUUUCUGUAUUGGUGAAGAAGAAAAACGGGUACAGCAAAACAUGUCCGGGUGUUGAACAGGUUCGACGCAACCAACAAUCAGCAAAAGAUUAUUCCAGCAAGACAAAAGAAAACACAUUUGGAAGGAGUUUAAAAAUUACUCCUGGUCAUGAAACCAAAGUUGAAGUUAAAUCGAAGAAUAUUGCAAAAACCCCGAUAGGAAAUUAUGUACAGAUUACUUUUGGGCAUGACCCAACGAGAUCGAAAGAGACAGAAAUUGAAGGCAAAUCCAGCAUAACACCAUGCAACACGCUAGAUAGCAGUAUAACGACUGGUCAGAAAAAAGCAAACGAAAAUGAGUUUGAAUGUAAUACCAGUACGGAAGCCGAUACCAAGCACGAGCCAAAUCAUUCGGAAGGACACGAAGCCAGAGUAAAAUCUGGAUUAACUGAACCGAACCUGUCGGGAAAUAGUAGGUUGAUUGAUCUCAAAGUCUCGAAAGAUGCUUACGUCGAAGAUACACCCGGAAAUACUGACCCAAUCAAGACUGGGAAACGCGGAGUGGUUGUCCCUGUGUAUGACCUUAAAGGACCGAAAGAAACUGAAGAUGAAGAUAUAGCCAGCGUUACUGAACACAGCACGACAGAAAGUCCUGAAAUACGUGUUCCUGGGUAUGAAUCCAAACAACCCGGCGUAGAUAAAAAAUCCAAGGAAAAUGAACAAGGCGGAAAUAGACAUAGCGGAAGUAUUGCUUCCGUUAAUUUUCUGAACAGAUCCGCAGAAUCCAACGAUCAUAACGGGGCAAAGCCCAAGACACCUGUAUGGAAGUUGUGCGUAAACACGACAGAAUGCGAUAUGGCAAAUUUGGAUGUGGACAUUGUCGUGUCGAGUGAGGAUGAAUCACUUCAAGGGUUUGGUAUGGUGGCCAAAAACCUAGCACACAAGGGAGGUGAAAAAUAUGAAGAGCAAAAACUGGUAGCAAGUAACAUGAUUGGGAUUUUGAAACCCUGGCAUUUCAUCUUCACGCCCGGAGCAGGCAGAUUGAAGUGUAAGAACGUGGCACAUAUUAACAUUCCAAAGAUAAGGGAAGUAGACCAGGACGCAUGGUGUCAAUAUUUUAGCAAAGCCUUGUGCAGACUUUUGAAACGGGUCGACUGUCUGGGAUUCAAUUCUAUGGCGAUUCCACUUCUUGGCACUGGACGAAAUGGUGCCUCUAGGGAUUUUGUCAUCGACCUUCUAUGUACGCAGAUCCAGAAGUUUUCCGUAAAUCCUGCAGACAAUCCCUGUGUACGAAUGCUUUACAUCGUCCAUCCUGACCGAAGUGUUGUCAAAACAAUUCAAAGUGUCAUCACGCGCCUACAACUUCACUCUGUACCGGAAGUGAAACAUAAUCACCAUUUUAGAACAGAGAAAAAAGAAACACGAGAGGAUGAAUCGUUUAUGGAAAGAUAUUCAGUAAAGUCACAGAUGGUAAAGAGUUACCCAGCAGAUGAAAACUGUCCAGUUUGUUUAGAAAAGAUUGAUCUAAAGGAAAGGACGGAGUUAAACAAGUGCCAUCAUGUUCUGUGUCUGCCAUGUGCCAAAAAUAGCUUCAGUGUUAAACCAGUAUGUCCUAUUUGUAACGUUGUCUACGGAAUAGUCAGAGGGGUGCAGCCAAAAGGUCACAUGGUCGAGGUGUUCGAAAAAGAAUCUUUGCCUGGGUUCGAUGGACGUGGUACCAUUCACAUUUUCUACUCGUUCGUUGAUGGCAAACAAGACGCAGAACACCCACAUCCGGGAAAACGCUACAGAGGGACAAGGCGCGAGGCUUUCUUACCCGACAACAAAGAAGGUCAAAAAGUACAUCGUCUGUUAAGGAAGAGUUUUGAACAGAAACUGACAUUUACCAUCGGGAUCUCCAGGACUACAGGGCGUGAGGAUGUGGUCACGUGGAAUGACGUUCAUCACAAGACUAGAACACAUGGUGGUCCUGAAAGGUUUGGGUAUCCAGAUCCUUCGUACUUGAGACGUGUAGAAGAAGAACUGGCUGCAAAGGGCAUUUACGAAGACUGAUUGCAUCAUAAUGAUUUGUACAUGGAGACCAACGUGACCAAACCAAAUAGGUUUCACUUUACACAGAAACCUUCUCAUAAUAUCCCGAUUUCAAUGUUGUCGCAAAAAGUGGUUUCCUCAAAUGAAUGUUCGAGAUUGUUUUCUUUACAAAUGUACAUGUGUA